AAAAUUAGUUUUUUAAAUAAUUCAGAUGACAGUCGCGAUUGAGUUGCAGAGUGGACAACCUCGCUACCAUUCAUAUGUGGGCAAUUAUUUUUUAUCUUUGAUUUAUCUGCUGAUUAAUUGCUUGAAUAAUCCUUUGUGUUAAUUGUAUUCCUGUCACAGGCUCCAUCUUCAAAUUGUUAGUUUUGUCCGACCGACGUGAAGAUAGCCGAUUUUGCAAUUAAAGUACACACAUUUAAGAAUGUUUGGAAUUUUUACUUGAAAAAUUACUUUUGAAUUACUUGACUGUCAAAAUAUUUGCUGAUUAUUUUGCCAACUAAUCCCUUAAUGGACUAAUUUGUAUUCUAAUUUGUCAGACCUCAUGUCAGAGGUUCAGAUGAGGAGACUGUUGUGUAUUUCUUUAAAUGUCAGUCAGAAGCUGCUUUCCAGGUCAACUGCUUUUUUUCUUGCACCUGUUUGACUCAUGCAUCUGACCAGUGAAGGCAAAUGACAUUGAAGUGUCACAGAUGUCACUGUCUGUUCUCUGUUUGAAACAACAGGGACUGAGCUGUAGGCUCUGUAGUCUGACGGCCAUAGGUGGUGCUUACAGUCUCAUUUGUUUGGUUAAACUUUAUAUUUUUUUCUUGCCAGCAAACCUGCAACUGAUGCUGCUUGUUCGCUCAGGCUGCUUGUGGUGUUGAUGCUGCAGGAAAAGCUGCGCCAGAUUUCUGUGAAACAGAUGAGAGGGAAGAAGAAAGCAAUCUGUGUAUGUGCGCGUGUGUGUGUGCGUGUGUGUGUGUUUCACAGUGAAGAAUGUAGGCAUUGAUAAAGAGGAGGAGGAGGGACUGAUGAGUAAGGUGAGGAAGACAGGAAGGAGGGAAUGCAGGGACUUUGUCUCUAUUGUCCCAGAUUCUUCUGUCAUCCCCUGCUGAAAACUGUCUAGCAAAACAAUAAUAUGAUAACAGAGCACUAAGUUGAGGUUGAGGAGACCCAAAACUGCAUUGGCCUUUUAUGUUUUCCCUCAAAAGUUGACCGUUGCCCUCUUAGGCCCUCAGUCAAGGUGAAAGUAAAGGAAGCAUGAAUCCAAACACAUCUGGAGAUCCUCAUACUGGAGGACACAGAUGAUCAAAAGAAAGGGAAAACCAUGGGAACGGAGAUGGCCAAGCCCCCAGAGGAAUACGGCGGGAGGAAGUGUGUGUGUGUGUGUGUGUGUGUGUAUAUGUGCAUGUGCGUGCGUGCGUGUGUGUGUGUGUAUGUUCUGUAGUGAGUCAGUGCUGAGUCAUCGCUGGGCUGGCCAGGCAGAUAGAAACAGACUUCUGGGGGGGCCAGUUAGAGGGGCACAAGAGGGCAUGCACUGAGCAUGCUCUGAAAAGUACAGGAAGGGAAUUAGUUGUUGUGACAGGACACAUCCAGGAACUUUAGUGACGCAAUAUGUCAUGUUGCCAAGUUUUCACUCCCUUAUUGACGUACGUGUCCCCUGGUAAGUUUGGCGAUACUAAUGAAGAAUCUGCAGGCUUGGAGCGUGCCACGAUCUCAAGAAUUCACAACUUUACAUCGUUUAGGACAUGGAGAGGGAGGGAGAUGUUAGCUGAGAGAUAACGAGACAUGUUGCUCCAUGUUUGGCUCCACCACAACGACCCCCCCCCCCCCCACACACACACACACACACACACACACAUACACACACACACACACAUACACACACACACACACACACUUUUUUGUGGUUUUCUGUGAUCUGUUGGACCACAGUCUUUAACUCCCCCCACACCAACGCGCACACACGCAUACUUCCUGUAUUAAGAAUAGGUCCUUCUCUGCUGCACGGGAGGAAGAUGCAGUGAUUCUCAGCCGGCCUGGUUACUGCAAUGAAUGGUAACACUAUACAUCCAUCCAACACCACCACAACAGCAGGAGGAGGCCCAGGCGUGGCAGCAACCCCGAGAGGCUGGAGGGAAUUCUGCGAGUUGCAUGCCAUUGCCACAGCCCGGCAGCUGGCUGGACAGUAUCGGAGCUUUGCCAGAGAGUGGCCACAACAUGACGUUCUUCCACCAGAGACCUUUUCCAAGCAGUUCACCGACCUCUUCCAGCAACACUUCUGCUGCGAGGUCGACAAAGAUGGCACAUCGGUCAACCAGAACAUGUGCUCUACCACUGUCAGUAGUGCCUCCUCUGCUACUCCGGUGGCCCCUCCACUUCCAUCACAGACCGUGAUGAGUCGAUUGCGGAUCACAUCUUUGUCUGAGGUGCAGGACUAUCGGGAGCCGGGAAGGCCAAGCGGAGGAGCUGCUCGUUUUACUGUGGCGUCGCCUAAAGUGGAGCCUGUAGUGGUGACUCGUGAACAGGAGCAGCCACUGCGUUGUGCUUCAGGAAACCCGGUGGUUCCCAGGGGGUCAUCUCGUAGUAUUGGCAGCGGGUCACUGCCUAUUCGUAGCCGGAGCAACGAAGAGGUCUCCGGCAAUGAUCGUCGCCACGUAUCUGAACGGUACUCUUCAGACUCCUUAGCCUCCAGCCCUGACCAUGCAGAUGUCACACAUUUCCCCGUCAGUAAAAUCCAGCAGACCGUGAGACUGCUCUUAAAGAAACAGCCCCACCCAAGCUCCCCCUCAUCCCAGGACCUGUCUCCUAGCACCCCCAGCCCCACCACCACCAACAAUCUCCUAAAUAAUGGUGAUAGAGUGGGAGUGGUUUCCUCCAUGAAUGAGGAUUUGUCAUCCUCCUCUUCAUCCUCCCACUCUUCCUCUUGCCUGAACUCUGAAGCCACACCCCCAGCCUCUUCACGUGUGGCUGAGUUAGCCUCUCAACUCCUGGGUCGUUUACGCAGUGGAUGGUUACGCAGUGGAAGCAUGAGGCAGAGAAGGUCGGAGGUGAGCGGCUGCUGUAAAGAGGGCCAACUGAGGUACUUGCUGGUGGAUGACACUAUCUCGGAUACACAGCCACACUGGCAACGCUGCCGCCUGCUGGUCAGGAGGAUCAGGGAUGCUCGAGGAGGAGGAGGAGGAGGAAGGGAGAGGUACCAGUUGGAGCUCUAUGAUCCUCCAAAGGCCUCCAGCCCCAAGCUGACGACUCAGUGCUCAGAUAUCCAAGAAGUCCGUCGUUGCAACCGUCUGGAGAUGCCUGACAACUUCAACACGUUUGUUUUAAAGGUUAAUCGCAGUAAUCUGAUAUUUGAGACGGACAACGACCAGCAGGUCAGCUCCUGGACCACAGAGCUAAAAGAAUGUAUCAGCAACAGGUCAGGCAGUGUGGAUCUGGAGCCCCUCCCCUCCCCAGCUGACAGCUCAGCUCCAGCCAAUCACCGAGGGAACUCUGACUUAGGGAGUCAAAACCCCGUCACCUUUGCCCUGCCGGAGCAGGUGAUCCAGAAGACCGAUCACUUCCUGCUCUCCUACCCCUGGUUCCACGGGCCCAUCUCGCGCGUCAAGGCAGCCUACCUGGUUCAGAGCUCUGGACCAGAGGGACACGGAGUGUUUCUAGUCCGACAGAGCGAGACACGCAGAGGAGACUACGUCCUCACGUUUAACUACCAGGGCAAAGCAAAACACCUGCGCCUCUCGCUCACAGAAUGGGGUCAGUGCCGGGUGCAGCACCUGCGCUUCCCCUCUGUCAUGGACAUGCUCAGUCACUUCCGCCUCUUCCCCAUCCCGCUGGAGUGUGGAGCCGCCGGUGCCGUCACGCUGUCCAGCUUCGUGGUGGCGGGUUCCAGCCCUCCGUCACAGGGUCAGCUCUCAGGCGCCCUCCUCGUCCCCUUCUCCCUCCAUCGGUGGAGCUCUGAGCCCAGCUUGGCUCAUUGCAGCCUGGCUCGCACCUCCAGUCAUCCCCCAUCCUCCUGCUCCACCAGCGGCAGCACCAACCCCAGCACCCAUUCUGUUUCCCAGCCGCAGAACCACCCGUUCUCCCGCACCAGCCAUGUCCCUGACCCUCCUCCAUCGGCCACCGCUCCUCUGCAUCGGAGCGAGUCGGUGGGGAGGAGACCCCUGCUUCGCCACCCCAACCCUCACAUCCCUCAGCGGGACUCGGACUACGAGCUGGAGCCUGAACGAGGUCGCAAGCGGGCGAUAGACAACCAGUACAUGUUGCUCUGACCUGCUGAGAGAAACGCCUCCAUCACCUCUUUGACAGACACACGAUCGUGUUCACUUAAUAUGACACAUUUCAUCACCUCCACCCUGCUCCACGUGGGUGUGUGAGACUCUCCGAGCGCAUGAUGCUGACCUGAUUUAAGAAGACUCACGAGCUUGAGCGAACAAAUCUUUGUCUGAUGAAGGCGCGUGCACACAAACACAUUGUGAAUGUAUUUUUUGGGAGUUUUCUAACAGUGUUGAUAGGAUGAUGAUUCUUGUUUUUUGGCUCUGUGUGAGAGAGGGUAAGCUACGUGUGGAGCUGUCCUCGAGCCCGGGCAAAAAAAAGGAAAAAAAAAAGAAAAAAAAAUUAAAUUUAUCAGUUAUUGUGAAUUUACAGAGGUGCGCUUGAUUUAACUAACCUGAUCUGAGGGGAAGGCACUGCCUGCAAAAUUGGUUAAAUCAAGUGCCCCUUGAAAAUAUUUAAAAGACAUUUAAUCUUCACACACAAAACUUUGUGUGGAGCACACUCCCUUUUUUUUAUACGGACACAAAUGAAAAAGCACUCUAUUUUAGAGUGUCCAUACACUCUUUAAUACUCCUCCUCUUGCGCAUUAUUAUAUAGUGAAGUGCACAAAGCUUUCAGUGCACUUUGGAAACAAUGUGUAUUUUUUUCUAUACACAGAUUCUUUUGUAGAAAAAUUAAAAAAAUAAAUAAAUAAAUAAUGUAAGAAAGGGGAAAAUUUGAUUAAAGUCAGUUGGAAAGCUGAUGUGCUUCCACCUCCUUCAAACCUUCGCUGAAGCAAAUACAGAGAACCACAGAAAUGAUCCUAGAUCAGCGUUCAUCAGCACGAAAGCAGUGGGAACUUGUCCCUGUUUCUGGUGUGUGUGUGUGUGUGUGUGUUGAUGUUUGUGUUAUGGCGUGUGUGAGAUGAUUGAGAGUCUGAUCCGUCAGGGUAUUUGUGCUGAUCUCGUUCUGGUACAGCAGCCUGUGUAAAUUUAUGUCCUGAAAGUCAGUGCAUUUCCACUGGUGUCUUUGUAUCGUCACGUCACCAAAGGCAUCAUGUGCGCAAAAUUAGCUUUUGAGUGAGUGCUACAGAAGUAAUUUCCUCUGCAAAAUCAAAGAAAAUGUAUUGAUUUAAAUACAGUAAUAUAAUUAAUAUAUUUUUGCCAACCUGAACAGCUGUUUGGAUGGAUGGUAAUUACCAUACUAGUUGUAACACGAAGUCACCUUUCUGAACAGCUUGAAAUCACAAAAGACAUUUUAUGGCAUCAAAUUCAUUUCUAGCAAGUGCAGAGCUGAGCUUUUCUCUACAGCUGGUGAUCUUUUGUCAUCUGGGCAACAUGGGGGGGUGGACCUCCAUGUGCAGACCAAAGCAAAGGAGGCCUGGAAUCCAGUGAGUCCAGUAUUUGACGAGACCAAAAUCAUUUGCCUCAGCUUGUCAUUUCAGUUGUGUGGAUUCUCAUCAUAAGUGAAGGUUGAAGCACUGGAAACUUCAGUCCCAAUUCGAAAUGUCUGACACCUUUUUCGAACCAGUUCUGUCAUGGUUUGAUGAUCUAACGUUAAACCCUUAAAUGGCUCCCAAAAUUAGACGGUGAUAUGAUGCAACUCCUGAAAGACAAAGUGCCUCUGUAGAUGUUAACAUUUAUUUUCUUACAGCCUCAGGCUUCUCUUGAUUCUAGGAGUAGCAUCAUGUCUCCCAACUUUUUACACUCAUAGCAUUAAUUAUUUUUUUAGUAUUUUCUGUACAACUUCGCCAAAGUAGCCAAUAGAAAACCAAGGAGGGACUGGGUAAAUAAUAUAUUUUUACACUUUUCGUCAUUUUUGAUAGAACUUCAGUGUUUUAAAUGAGGGGGUUUGAUGAGAAAGGUUUGGUUUGCUUUGAUAGUGUCCAAAUGUGCCGCGAGAUGUUACACACUGAUAAUCUGCUUUUUGUCUCGUAGCUUCAAGUUUCUGUGGCCUUCAACUGGAUUUUAUGACCAGUCAGUAAUUUGAGGUGCCUUCUGAGUUUGUCAUCAUACCUUUAAACGUUUAAACCAGUAGUUUGAAGCCUCACUGACUAGAACAGACUAGAACUCUGGUGACUUUUGGAGGUUAUAUAAUGGAAUGCAUCCAGAAAAUUCCCAACAAAAGCGAGCAAAACGGCUGGUUUGUUCAUGGUGUUUCAUCUCGUCCACCAACCAGGUAUAAUUUUCCCCAAAGACCUGAUUUGUAACCCAAAACAACCCAAACCUUACUGUGUCUCCAUCUCCGAGAUCAGCCUGUGGCCACACCAGAUUUGUUUCGGUUACGCUCUGACUCGUGAACCUCGUCUCUCCUUCCAGAAAACACUGAAUAUCCAUUUAUUCACAUAAAGAGUAGUUUUGACACACACCAAAGACAAAAUGUCCAAUUGCCUGUAAUUUUGUUCCAAUAACUGAAGCUUCACUUCCAUUAGAAGUAGGACGCCUUUGGGAAAUAGUGUGCUAGGACAUGUCUGUUUGUCUUCUAACUUUGCUUUAACACUAACUUGAGCAGCUGAUUUUACCUUCAGUAAACUUGUGCUUAAAUGUUUGAUUUAGACCUGAUUCUGUCUGCCUCUCUGCCCUCUUUAUUAUUGUAGUUGAUUUUUUUUUUUUUUUUAAGAGGAACACAUGAAUGCAACUAAAUUUGCUCAUGAGUAUGACCAGAGUAAGUCCGCUGUGAUUACUCCUCGUUACGCAGCAAGUCAGCUUUGUCUACCAAAGGAACAAUUUUACAAUGGUUGUGUAGUUCUUUUUAAUGUAUUCUCAUGAUCAAGACUGACAUCUUUAAAGUGUUUAUAAGGGGAACAAAAACAAGGAUGUUUUUGGCAAAAGUACGGUUGGUCUUCCUGCCUUUAUGUGCCUGAGGUUAAACAAAUCGCUCAUCAACUCUGUUUCGUUUCUGCUAACGGAAAGCAACGGUAACAAAAACUAUCUCGACUAACAGUCCCCCUCUCUGCUGAUUUUAUUUCUUAGGGAGAAUGACUGUGCCUUUGCCAGAAAGCUGCUGUUGCUUUUCCCCUUUUUUUGAAAGCUCAGGGUGUGAUGUGGUGCAGAAGUUGUAUCGUGCAAUAUCUAAGAGAUGCACUGUGCUUCACACCUUUUUGUGUAUGUAGGAAACCAUCAGAACAUUGUAGAUGGGUGAAUUAAAUGAGAAUUCAUUGUUUGCACCUAUUCAUAAACUGAAAAAAUUUGACAAAUGCCAAAGUUCCCAGAAAAAAAAAAAAAAAAAAGAAGCUUUAUUUACAACCAGGACUACCACCUUUAACCAUUGCUUUUUGGCUUUUGUUUCAUGGUUCGCUCCAAUUUGUCUGCAAGAAUCGAGUUAAUGCUUAAAAAAAAAAGAAAAAAAAAUUCCCCAUGUACCUCAGGUGUCUUCAGUCCUCAGCAUUUGCUCCAGCAA